CGCGCGGCCGCUCGUCAGUCGGGAUGCCGGGUCUCGCCGCGCUCUCACGUCCUGCAGCAGCUCCGCGAUGAUCGCCGAGCCCGUGAUCGUCUCGCGCGCCGGCGCGCUUUUCAACUCGCUGCUGAUGCUCAUUAUCGUAGUGCUAGUGCUGGCUUCUAUCGAGAUAACCCGUGCUGCGCCUGACAAUCUGCCUCCGAGUGCCGAGAUGCCAAGCUUCACCGAGGCCAUACCAAACGUGACCAUCCCCGUAGGCAGGGAAGCGGUUCUCAUCUGCGUCGUGGAAGGCCUAUCCACCUAUAAGGUUGCGUGGCUGCGUGUAAAUACACAGACGAUCCUGACGAUAGCAACACAUGUGAUCACAAAAAAUCACAGGAUUGGCGUCACGCACAGCGACCACCGCACAUGGUAUCUUCAUAUACGAGACGUCCGUGAGUCCGAUGCAGGCGAUUACAUGUGCCAAAUCAAUACAGAUCCCAUGAAGAGUCAGAUUGGCUACUUGGAAGUUGUUGUACCACCUGAUAUCCUGGAUUAUCCGACCAGCACAGACAUGGUAGUACGGGAAGGUAGCAACGUGACGUUAAAAUGUGCGGCGACGGGGACGCCGAAACCUAACAUCACAUGGCGUCGCGAAGGCAGCGAGCUGAUAGCCCUGGGCAACGGUCAAGAAGUUACGAGCGUGGAAGGACCAUUGUUAAAUAUAACGAGAGUGAACCGACUUCAUAUGGGUGCAUAUCUGUGCAUAGCAUCCAACGGAGUACCUCCAACAGUCAGCAAACGGAUCAUGUUAAUAGUUCAUUUUCCACCGAUGAUAUGGAUACAAAACCAAUUAGUCGGUGCCCAAGAGGGACAAGAGAUGACACUGGAGUGCCUCUCGGAAGCUUUUCCUAAAUCGAUCACCUACUGGACUCGGGACAACGAUGAAACUAUAGCAGAAGGUGAAAAAUAUGAGCCCGUUCUGCUCGAUAAUGCAUACAAAAUGCAUAUGAAAUUGACCAUACGCUCAGUGAGUCAAGAAGAUUAUGGAACUUACAAAUGCAUUUCGAAAAAUUCCCUUGGCAGUACUGAUGGCAGUAUUAAGCUUUAUCACAUCCCUACAACAACGACGACAGUCAGAACGACCACUACAGCUACGACGACAACAACCACGCCAAUACCUGCUGUUACUAGAGCUGAAAAAAGACAGCGAUCUAGACAAAGAGUUACACCAAGUGUAGAGCCCCGAGCGAAUGAAAUUACAGGGGCUUCGAAAGCAACGGCAAAUAAAGAGGAUAUUCGACAAAAUCGAGGCCGAGCGAAUGACGAGGCUGCAGCGACAAAGAAAGCUGCAGCCAACACAGGCCGAAAAAACUCCAAUUCCCACACCACAAACAACAAUUUAGAACAGAGAUUGGACAUGCAGCGAGACAAAACAGCUCAAUCCAGUUCAUCAGUAGCAGCUUCAGCUGUUUCGUCUAUGCGAAACUCUGAACCCAUAAUGAACGCCAUGAUGGUUUCAGCAAUCAGUCUUAUCGUACUGGUUAUUUUCAGAUUAACGCAAACGUAGUCCGAAAUAGAAGAGACUAUCAGGCCUUCAAUUAAAUGAUUCCUCAAUGUGAGUGUUAACAAUGGUGAAUUUGUACAUUCAAUAAAAAAAUUUUGUUGUUUAAUAUACUCAUUGCGACGAAUACGCACAGAAAAAUUGAUGGAAAGUGAAGAAAAAAAGAACGUCAGCGAUAAGUUACGAUACAUGUCGAUAUACUUGUUUAUUGGAAUUUGAAUGAAUUUUAGAAAGCUUGUAUAAGAUCAGAUUAAAUUUUUCGGCGAUGUAUGUAUAAUAAUGAUAAAUGUAAAUAUAGAAGACAUAAUAAGCAAAACAGACCUGAUAAAAAUAUUUUAAAAUUUAAAGUUCUAAUUCUGUUACAUGACUAAGCUGAUCGCUAUGUAAAUUGGCCGAUUAUUCGAUAUUGUAAGAAUGAGUUGAAGAUUGAUUCCAAGGCCCACCACACGAAUAAUGACAAUUUUGCAAAUCAUGUAAACAACACUAAUAUAUGACGUAAAAAGGUCUACAUUUCUAAUUUACAAUUUAUUAUCAAUUUCAAUUUUAUCAAAGUAUUUUUAUCAGGAAAAACUAAAAACGUGUUGCUUUAAGCACCCCAUUUAUAACACGUUUGAUAAUUUUAAUGUACAAUAUUCAAGUAUUGUGAUAAUAAAUUUUAUAUUUUUAGAAAAUCGUUAAUUAUUGAUAUGAAAUUUGUGCAUCGAUGUUUUUAGCACAUGAUUAAUUGAAAAUAAUGACUUCUUAAUCUAUUCAAAACAUUUGUAUAUAUCUAAGAGCCUACACUGUCUUGCAGUGACUAAUUUACGAGACAGAUUCAUGCAAGCAUUUAAUACGUUGUCAAAACUAAUCCAUAGUGUUUCUUUGUUUUAUAGACUUGGAAUGAAAACGUAAGUGAAAAGUGAAGCUCUACUAACAUUACAAAACUUGACUUUUGGCAAGAAAUCAUUAUAAAGUCGAAAUGGCGAAGUUAAUAACAAAUUUGAAAGCAACGCCAGUGUUAUCAAUUUAAAUUUAUUUCAUUUUAAUAUAUUACGAUGUUGAAUGGUUAUCAACACUGUUGGUUAAUCUUUGUAAAUAGAGCAGAUGGAAUCUGUUUAAGAAUUGUAUUCGAGAUCUGUUUAAUACUUAUAUUAAAUAAUAACAAACACCCAAAAAAUGUAAAUAUAAUAAAAAAUGUAUAACAGUGUGAUGCAAAACCACGGUUUAGCGAUAAAAUACCUGUAAAUAAAUUAAACAGUUUUAAAAUAACGAAUAAAGCAAUUUCAAAAUUA